ACUUUAUGUGUAAACUUUUCCUUUGAAUUUUUGUCCUGAGCAUAUCAUUUUUCUGAAUUCAUGCAAACAGCUGGUGAUUAACAAGGAGCGACUCCGCAAACGCCACGGCGGCCGGCGGCCCGGCGGAGUCUCCAUGAAUCGUUCUGACUUUCGCAGCGGAGGCGGAGCGUCUCCGCAGCCUUGUGCCCAUCGCUGCGAGCAGAGCGGGGACGGAGCUUCUGCUCCGCUCGCCCCGGAAAACACCUACCACCAUCCCACCGCCAUGGACGCGCGUCGCUUAGCGUGCCCCGCCCCACGCGGACCGUGCCGGCGUAUGUUCCCCUCCAGCCCUAAGAACCAACGCGCCCCUUGCCUGCGUGGCGGGGGUUCCUUCCCGUUACCCCCAAAUUUUUUUUCACUGUAUUUUUUUUCCUAUUUAAGCUUCCCUUGAGCUUCGGAUUGGAUCUUCUGCGACCAUUCCUUUCCGCCGUCGAUCAUCGAUUCGCAUUCCCGAUUUAAAAAAGGAAGCUUUCUUCCCCCGGAGAUCGAGUAGCUAGGGAACAAAAUCGCCCUUUUGCACCGUCUCUUUUUAUUAUUUCUGGUAUUAGAUCUUGGCGUAAGGAACGAGGAUGGAGACGGAGCGGCGGCGUGGGCAGAGUUGGCGGCGGCGUGGGCAGAGUUGGCGGCUGCCGGAUUUCUCGCAGAGCGUCAAUCUCAAGUAUGUGAAAUUAGGGUACCAUUACUUGGUCAACCACUUCCUUACCCUGUUGCUGGUCCCGCUGAUGGCGGCGAUCCUGCUGGAGGCGGCGCGGACCGACCUCGACGAGCUCCGCCACCUCUGGCUCCACCUCAAGUACAACCUCCAGCUCACGACGAUUGCCACCAUCGUGAGCUGGUUGGCGUGCUCCGCGUUCCUCGUCUUCUGCACCGCCGUCUACGUCACGACCCGCCCCCGUCCGGUCUACCUCGUCGACUACGCCUGCUACCGACCUCCGCCGGAGCUGAAGGCGCCGUUCCGGUGGUUCGUGCAGCAGGCGCAGCUCUGCGGGAGGUUCGACGAGUGGGCAGUCGAGUUCCAGCGGCGGAUCCUGGAGCGCUCCGGCCUCGGGCAAGAUACUUGCUUGCCCAUCGCGCUUCACUACUCGCCGCCUCGGCCCUCCAUGUCCGCCGCCCGCGACGAGGCCGAGCAGGCCAUGUUCGGCGCUCUCGAUUCGCUUUUCCGGAACACCGGCGUGAAGCCCAGGGACAUCGGGCUUCUCGUCGUCAACUGCGGCCUUUUCAGCCCGACCCCGUCCCUCUCCGCCAUGAUCGUCAACCACUACAAGCUCCGCGGCAACGUCAGGAGCUUCAACCUCGCCGGAAUGGGCUGCAGCGCUGGCGUCAUCGCCGUUGACCUCGCCCGCGACCUCCUCCAGGUCCACCGCGCCACCUACGCGGUGGUGGUCAGCACCGAGAACCUCACCCGGAACUGGUACUGGGGCAACCGCAAGUCCAUGCUGAUCCCCAACUGCCUCUUCCGCGUCGGCGCCGCCGCGGUGCUGCUCUCCAACCGCUCCGCCGAUCGCCGGCGCGCCAAGUACAAGCUCUUGCACGUCGUCCGCACCCACCACGGCGCCGACGACAAGGCCUUCCGCGGCGUGUACCAGCAGCAGGACGAGGCCGGCAUCGUCGGCGUCUCGCUGUCCAAGUACCUCAUGGCCAUCGCCGGCGAGGCGCUCAAGGUCAACAUCACCACCCUCGGUCCCCUCGUCCUCCCCGUCAGCGAGCAGCUCCUCUUCUUCGCCACCCUCCUCGCCAAGAAACUAUUCGCUGCGAAGGCGAAGCCUUACAUCCCGGACUUCAAGCUCGCAUUCGACCACUUCUGUAUCCACGCCGGCGGCCGCGCCGUCAUCGACGAGCUGGAGAAGAACCUCCAGCUCCGCCCCGCCGACGUCGAGGCUUCCCGGAUGACGCUCCACCGCUUCGGCAACACCUCCUCCAGCUCCAUAUGGUACGAGCUCUCCUACACAGAGGCGAAGGGCCGGAUGCGCAAGGGCCACCGCCUCUGGCAGAUCGCCUUCGGCAGCGGCUUCAAGUGCAACAGCGCCGUCUGGCAGGCGCUCCGGCAUGUCAAGCCCUCGCCGGAUUCUCCAUGGGAGGGCUGCAUCGACUGCUACCCUGUCGAAAUCAUCGACGCAACCGAAUCAAACUGAUGGAACUUUUAAUUAAUUAAUAAUUAUUACUAUUAUUUAUAAAUCAAAUCGAUAUAAAUUUACCAUUAAAAUCGAAUAAAUCAAAUACAGAUAUACAUACUGUAUCAUCAGUUAACUCUUAUAUGAA